AUGAGUGCAGCGGUCAAGCCGGAUUUCUAUCUCUACAAUCUCACACUUCAACGGUCUUCCUCGGCCAUACAAUGCUGCAUUGGAAACUUUACCGGCGCUAAACACCAACAGCAAAUUGUUAGAUGUACACAAGCAGCGUUGGAACUAUGGACAUUCAACAAGAGAACAGGCGCCUUGACGAAGGUUCUAGAGCAGUAUGCAUAUAGCAAUUUACGCAAAAUCAGUGCCUUUCGGCCCUCGGGCUUCAGCAAGGAUUUCUUAAUUGUGACUUCCGAUAGUGGAGACUUGAGUAUUUUGGAGCUUGAUAACGAGAGCUUCAAGUUUAGAAGAGUGGUCGAUCUACCGUACACCAAGAGUGGGAUUCGUGCCAUAACACCCGGCGAGUAUAUUGCCUUGGAUGGUCAAAGCAGGGCUUUUUUGCUGGGGUCAAUUCUGAAGAAUAAGAUUGCCUGCUCAGUAAUACGAGAUGAGGCCAACAAACCGUCUGUUUCCUCACUAUUGGAAGCUAAUCACAGCGGAACGGUGACUUUUGCCAUGUGCGGACUGGAUGUUGGGUUUGACAACCCGCUUUUUGCUGCAAUAGAGUCCACCACACACUCGCGAAGUGGGAAGAAAAGCCUCAGGUACUACGAGUUGGAUCUUGGCCUUAAUUACGUUGUGAAAAAGUACACUGAGGAAGCACCAGAGUCGGUGAACUUCCUCUUGAGCGUUCCCGGCGGAAUAUACGGCCCAUCAGGCGUUCUUGUGUGCUCUAAGGGACUCAUACAGUACAAAUACUUGACGAAAAUGACACAUAACAUCCCGAUUCCUAGACGAGAAGGUCAAAAGCAGGAUGCACAGAUCAUAGCUGGUGUGGUUCAUGUUCUCAAGCGAGACUACUUCAUUCUUCUUCAGACGGAUCUCGGUGAUCUGUUCAAGGUUACGGUGACAGGAAAGAAGCAGGAUUCGGACGAAUCGGACGGUCAGGCGGGGAUGGUGGAUAAAAUCGAGAUACGGUACUUUGACUCAAUGCCAAUCUGCACUUCCUUGCUAAUCUUCCGGUCCGGCUUCUUGUAUGCGAACUGCGAGUCCGGAGACCAGUACAUAUACCAGUUUGAGAAGUUGGGGGACGAUCCGGGCGAAAAAGUGUGGUGCUCAACCGAUUUUCCAGACGAAAUAGCGGCAAAAACGUGCGAGAAUGCUGUUUUCCAACCGCGGCAGUUUGUGAACUUGAACCUGGUGUACAUUGUGGAAAACUUGAACCCUGUCAUCGACUGUACCAUCCACUCCUCGGAUAACGUGACGGAUUUGCCGGUGAUCAUCAGUCUUUGUGGCAGCCAGUCAAGAUCAUCACUCAAGAUUCUCAACCACGAAAUUCCGUACACAGAGAUCGUUUCGCAGGAGUUGCCGUCGAAAGUCGAGGCGGUGUUUGCGUUUGCGACCCAUGCAGAUGACGCAAACGACAAGUUGAUCGCACUCUCGUUUUAUGAUGAGACGUUACUUCUUAAAAUCGGUGAGGAGGUCGAAGAAGCAGAGAAUACCGGCUUUAAAACGGAUGUGGCGACUUUGGCGGCUGCACAGCUUGGAAAUGGCUCUGUUGUGCAAGUUUAUGCUGACGGGCUGAGGCAGAUUUUCUAUGAUGACGACGACAAGCCUGUUGAUACGGUAGAUUGGAAGGCUCCAGUUGGAAUAGAGGUACUGCAUGGUGCUGUGAGUGAGACACAGGUGGUUCUUGCUCUCUCCAGCAGAGAAAUCGCGUACUUCGAGGUUGAUGAGCAAGACAGGCUUAUAGAAUAUGGCGAGAGGAAGGAACUGGGUUCGCAGAUCACCAGUUUGUGUCUUGGUGAGCUUUCCGGUGGCCACAAGCGGUUUCCGUUCAUUUUUGCCGGUGGAAAGAACCAGACGUUGACUGUAUUGAAGACAGAUCCAAGUUCGACUCUUGAUGUUGUUUCCAAGCAGGACUUGAGCUCUGUACCGACAUCUUCGGCUGCGUUUUCGAUGAAGAGUCCAAGUGCGUUUGUUCACUCCGAGUCUGAUGAUGAAGCAGACGAAGAUGAAAGCAGAAUUCACCAGGAGUCGCUUUUUCUCCACAUUGGAAUGGCCAAUGGUGUGUAUGCCCGUCUCAAGUUGGACCCGGUAACAGGAGAGUUGAGCAACCCAAGAAACCAGUAUGUAGGUCCGCAAAAAGUGCUUCUCUCGAAGCUUGAAAUCUGCCACCAGAAUGUGGUUGCAAUAAAUUCUGUUCGGACCUAUCUCGGCUACACGACCACCACCGACUUCACGAUCACCGCGUUGUCAAAACCGGCAUUUUGUGAUCUUUGCACGUUCAAAAGCGAGGAUGUUCCAAAUAACGGUGUGUUGGCAAUUGACUCAAACACGCUGUACAUUCUGACAGUAGAUCAGCUAGAUUCCAGCCUUCUUAUAGAGAGCAUUCCGUUGCGAUACACACCCAAGGCCAUGGCUGAUACCAUUAAUGAUAAUGGAAUGGUUUACAUAGCUGAGGCUGACAACGGUUUGCGGUCUCCGUAUGUGGAUGAGGUCAAGAAGGAAGAGAAUUCAGAUAAAAAUUCAAGCAGUCCACCUAUUUCAAAUGAGCCAAACCACUCAAAUGAGCCAAACAACUCAAAUGAGCCAAACAACUCAAAUGAGCCAAACAACUCAAAUGAUUCAGCUAACUCAAAUGAUUCAGCCAAUUCAAAUGAUUCAGCCAAUUCAACUCUACCAGACGAAAUCGUGCUUUAUGAAACAGACGACGAGAAAGAUGAGUACUACCAACAGUUCGGAUAUCCGCAUUUGGAAUCCAGCUGGGCCUCGUGCAUCCAAGUGGCCUCUUUUGAGAACAAGGCUGUGGGCCAGACCAUUGAGCUUUUAAACGAAGCAGCUUUCAAAAUGUGCUCUGUCACAUUCAGCUCCAACCUCGAGCAGCUCUUCCUGGUAGUGGCUACAUCCGUGCACCAGAGGUUUGCUCCAAACCGCAAUGAUGGCACUCACUUACGGGUUUACGAGGUUCAGCAGGACGGAUCGUUGACUUUUCAUUAUAAGACGCAGACUGAAGAUCUUGCAUUGUCUUUGACCAGCUUCCAGGGGAUGCUUUUGGCCGGAAUAGGCAAUACUUUGGUGCUCUACACUCUUGGAAAGAAGCAGCUUCUCAAGAAAAGUGCAUUGAAGCUUGACUGCCGGACGAUCGUCGAUAUAAAAAGGGCAGGUAACAACAUAUUCGUCAGCGAUAUCAACGACAGUGUCAGAUUUGUGACGUACAAACCCCUCGUGUCAAGCUUUUUCGUUGUUUCGGAUGACUGCAUCCAGAGACACGUGACGAGGGCCUUACCACUAGAUGAGCGAACUGUGAUGGUUGGCGAUAAGUUUGGCGAGCUUUCUGUGCUAAGAUGCGAUCCAAAUGCGUGGUCAGCUUCCCAGAAUGAUCCUCACGGCACAUUUAUUGGCAGCAUGAAGGGAGAAAUGAACGGGGCACCGUUCCGGUUGAGUAACUUGAUGAAUUUCUACAUUGGAGAUGUGCCGACGAGUUUGGGUAAAGGAACACUAACUGUUGGUGGCAGUGAGUGCAUAUUGUAUGCUGGGAUACAGGGCACUAUCGGGUGCAUGCAUCCGUUGCGGACAGUGAAGGAGAUGAACUUCUUUGUGGAGUUACAGAAGCAUGUGUGCAGGGAGUUGGAGCCGAUAACGGGCCGAGAGAUUAUGAAGUUUAGAAGUUAUUAUAUACCGAUUAAAGGCUGCAUUGAUGGCGAUCUGUUGGAGGAGUACUUCCGAAUGAGCUGGGAAAAGCGGCAAAGAAUAGCCAAGCAGAUGGAUAGAGAGCCUCGGGAGAUUGAUCGAAGAAUAUCCGACAUGCGGACGAGGUUUGCUUAUUAG